AUGGCGUCGAUAGCAUCUUUGUUGAAUCCCCUUCCCGGCCCGAGCCAACUAUCAUCACCAACCCGAACACUGGCAAGCUCUGCAGCCAGUAUGGCUUCUAAUACGCCCCGUCCUAAACGGCCCAAGGUUGCCAAAGAUGCUGCGAUCUUCACAAAGGCCAAGCCUAGGGGAGAGGUUCGGUAUCCCCCUUGUGAAGAGCGAGACGAAGAGCUGGCUCGAAUGCACCGCGAAUUUCGCAUCCAUCCCAUGGGUGAUAUUUCAGAGUAUGCAAGACACAUACCAUAUAACAGUGACAAGAAAUCGUUCCAGGAGCGCACUGGUCGGGAGAGUUUUGAGGGUGAGUCACACAGCGAACAACAUACCACAUACCCGAGGGGUGUAUAUGCUUACAAGAUCUCUAUAGUCUUUCAGUAUACUUUUAAGCUUCCUGGUGACGAGAAAGAAUGGAUCGUGAUGUGGGAUUACAACAUUGGUCUUGUGCGGACGACACAUCUCUUUAAGUGCAAUGACUAUUCAAAGAUGCUGAAUGCCAACCCUGGUCUUCGCGAGAUCUGUCACAGUAUCACUGGAGGAGCACUUGCCGCCCAAGGCUAUUGGAUGCCAUAUGAGGCAGCAAAAGCGGUGGCAGCGACGUUCUGCUGGAAGAUCCGACAUGCAUUGACACCAUUAUUUGGCCUGGAUUUCCCAUCGAUGUGUAUCCACCCUCAGGACCGAGGACGGUUUGGCCGUAUGGUCAUUGACCCGGCUAUUGUAAGAAAGGCCACCGAGACGGCAAACUACUACCGCAUUCUUGAACUCCAGUCUCCGUCCUAUAGUUCCCUUCACCUUACCCGCACAGGAGGCAAAUUCCGCCCGAACUCAACAGGGAGCUCUGGGUUCGUGAAGCGACUCAUACCCCGAUCUCAUGAGCACCGAUACUCAGAGAGUAGGACCGGCUACGGGUCGUCCUCGCCCGAGUGUCAUGGCGACGUAUACUGCGUCUCCCCAGUGAGCCCGUUCCGGAACAGCUUCACCCCCGUCAACACACCACGAAGCUCCGAAGUGAUCUGCUCGAAGUUACCCUCACCGCGAGCGAUAGCCGCCACCACCGCCCCCAUGCCCGACCGAGAACACACAGCAGGAAGUGAGGAGGAUUCCGGGUCGGACGAGACAGGCUCCUCGACCAUGUACACGGAGAGUACCAGUACCACGACAGAGGUCCUCUCCGUGGACCUCGAUGCCGACGACGAUGACGAUGACGAGGAUUAUCGCGAGAAAAGCGACCGAAGCGAUAGGAGCUCCGUCAACUCGUCGAUUCCUGACCAUAACCGGAAGAUCGAGACCCGGUCCAGGGGGAAACAUAGCUCUGCGCUGUUCGCGCGAGAAGUCAAGGCCGCGCAUGCCUUGCUGAGCUUACACAUGCAAGAAGCCAUGGGCAGUGACGGCGAUGAAGAGCCUCUGCUGACGGCCUCGAGGGGCUUGAACAGUAGGAAGAGACGGAGGGCAUCUGCUUGA